UAACAGCCUUCCGGACCAUCGGUUUCUCCUGUGGUUAUCCAACUAUCCGCUUGUCCUCAUAAUACCUAAAAGUGGGGUUUUCUGAUAAAACGUCGUUUCUCUGGAAGUAUACCCAUCUAUGAGCAUGUCACCAUGAUUUCUCACGAAUCUUCAGAUGCUGAGUUGAUUAGAUACUGUUUGUCUGGGCCACGUGACCGAAUCAUCGGUGGAAUACCCGAAGGUAACCUCGUCGUCAGAAUUUCUGAGCAGACCGUGAUCAAAUUUGGACCGGGACUUUCUAAGGACGAAGCAAUCAAUCAGCAAAGAGCUUACGACCUUCUCGAUCAUGAUAUUGUACGAGUGCCACGCGUCCAUCGGUUCUUCACCGACAAUAUGGGGCGUGGCUAUAUCAUGAUGGAUUACAUGGAAGGUAGAGUGAUAGACCCGCUGGAACCUGAUCGCAUUAAGAGACUCGCGCGUGUGCUUGACUAUUUCAGCAUGAUAGAGGGAGACACCCCUGGGAGUCUUAGCGGCGGUCCUUGCCGUGGACUGCUCUGGCCAGAAACCCAAGACUUGACUUUCUGGAGCAUGGAAAAGAUGGAAGCAUGGUUCAAUAGUAGACUUUUCCCAGGCGAAGGCAAAGUCUCUUUCCGAAACUGCAAUCUGGUCCUCUGCCACCUUGACAUUGCCCCGAGAAACGUCAUUUGGCAGUCAGAUGGCGGUAUCUGCCUGGUUGACUGGGCCUCUGCGGGUUUCUAUCCGAGAUUGUUCGAGUUCUGGGCGCAGUGGAACAUCGAAGGCAAGGAUGGUUCGUUCAACAGGCUGCUUCUUGAUUCUAUGAAGCCUCUUCAAGACCACGAGAUGGCGCAGAAGUGGUCCAUCUGUCGCGUGUGGUAUAACAUCCAAAAAUACGCCUUGUGAGCACCACCACACACUGUUGUUGAUUCACCUAACGUUCAAAUAGUUCCAGAGAAACUUUACGUGGCCGAGAUCGAACCAGGAGAGAGGAGAAGAAAAGGAUCCCAGUCCCUGGCCCCCCCCUACCUCAAACUUGUUAAUUAUGGAGGGACAUCCACCCUUUGAUGUUGGAGAUUCAUGUUUCCAACAUCUCAAUACCUUAACAUUCCGCUUUAAUAAUAUGCACACUUUUACCAAUAGAGCUAGAGAGGCAGAAUUUUAUCCCUUGGU